AGCUGUUGGCUGCUUGCAGGCAGGGAGGAAGUGAUGCAGGAAAAUGUCCACAGUGUAGCUCCACUCAAUGACUAAAAGGGGGAAGCACAAAGAAAUUGGCUGCUUUAGUCCGAGCUGGCGUUUUAACUCACUUCCAGGAGCGAACACAAUUUUAAAAGGACUCAGAAGCCAGUUACUAGUUUGUUAUUUGUUUAUUUUCUAAGUGUGGAAGAUAAUUCAACAUUCAUGUGGAAGUUUUUUUUUUUUUUUUUUUUUUGGUCAGCUGCUAGCUAGUUAGCUAGCAAUCUGAGUUUAACGCGACGAGUUUGCUUCAGUUCGUUUCUGCUCGUAUUUUUUUGUGCCUAACUUGUUUAACUACUUAAUUUCUUCAGCCAUUCACAAAGUGAUGCACGUCCACAUUCGGCCGAAUGUGUUUUCCCAUAAAGCAUUACGGAUGGCAAGGUCACAAUGAUGGAGCUCAGUAGAAACACAAUGCCGUCUGAAGGACUGGGUUUUAUGUUUGCCAAUUGAAGACUUGGAUCGUGGCAGAUUUGGCACAGGCUUGAGGGUAUGUUGAGACGUCUUGUCAGGCCAGAGCAGAGGCGUCUAGGUGGUUCGGACGGGGACUGAAGGCGAGGAGGAAAGACAGACGAGGGACCAGGGAGGAAGACAUGGGCCAGUGUGUCACCAAGUGUAAGAAUCCGACGUCCUCGCUCGGCAGCAAGAGUGGAGACAAGGAAAGCGGUUCCAAGUCCCACAAGAAAGGUGGUAGCGCAGGUGGUGUUGGGGGCCACAAAGAGGAUCCUGGCACCCAGUGUAGCAAAACCACCAGUGAGCUGUCAAAUGGCACCAAACCCUUAGAGGUCACAGUGGAGACGCCAAUCAUCCCUGCAGGAGACACACGCAAGGACGAGCGUCUGGAUGGAGAUGGGCUUUCAGUCGCGCGCAUUGAGGAGCUUUUCUGCUGUUACAAGGAUGAACAGGAAGACGCCAUCUUGGAGGAAGGCAUGGAGAGGUUUUGUAAUGACCUCUGCGUGGAUCCGGCUGAGUUUCGUGUCCUGGUUCUUGCCUGGAAGUUUCAAGCAGCAACCAUGUGCAAGUUUACAAGGAAGGAGUUUGUUGAGGGAUGCAAGGCUAUCCGAGCAGACAGCCUCGAAGGCAUCUGUUCAAGCUUCCCCUGCAUGCUCCUGGAGGCCCAGGGUGAGGAGAACUUCAAAGACCUGUACCGCUUCACCUUCCAGUUUGGCUUGGAUGCCGAGGAGGGACAGCGCUCCCUGCAGCGCGAAAUUGCCAUCGCUCUAUGGCGUCUGGUUUUCACACAGGACACACCUCCGAUCCUGGAGCAUUGGUUGGACUUCCUUUCGGAGAACCCCUCAGGUAUUCGGGGCAUCUCAAGGGACACGUGGAACAUGUUCCUUAACUUCACCCAGGCGAUUGGGCCCGACCUGAGCAACUACAGCGAGGACGAGGCUUGGCCCAGCCUCUUUGAUACGUUUGUAGAGUGGGAGCUAGAGCACAGGAAAAAAGAGGAGGAGCAGGCACUGACAGCAAAGGAGGAAGAGGGGAGGUGUACUGAGAUGGACUGCUCUCCCACCACAGAUAGACUUGAAACAGAGGGAAGCCGCGGCUCACAGACGUGGGGGGGCCACUGACCAGGAAACAAAAAAAAUAAAUAAAUAAAAAAUUUGUAAAG